AUGUCCGACUCUAAGGACCAAGCCACCGUGCAAAUGGCCGAGCCGACAUCCCCGUCGCUGCCCAAGGACUCUGCCGUUACCGUCGUGCGGAGCAGCUCUGCUGUGCAGGCGGAGAACGAGAAUGAGCCUGAGACGCCGGCCGACAAGGUCGACGAGCAGAAGAAGGGUUUCUUCGCCUUUUUGAAGACCAAGGAAUUCUACAUUAUCUUGAUUCUAGGUCAACUGCUCGCAAUCGCCAAUACUUCGACCAGCACCUUCACCACCCUCCUCGGCGAAGAGGGUUGGGCAAUCCCCACCUUCCAAACCCUUCUCAACUAUGUAGUGUUGACAUGCAUUUUCACUCCUUAUACGAUUUACCGUUACGGGUUCAAGGGCUGGCUCCGUUUCAACUCUAAGCUCGCCCCACUGACCCUUUCCCCAGAUAUUAUUCUUGCAUUCUGCGAUGUUGAGGGCAACUACUUUAUUGUGCUGGCGUACCAAUACACCACCAUGCUGAGCGCGCAACUAAUCAACUUCUGGGCGAUCGUCGUUGUCGUGAUCAUCUCGUUCCUCUUCCUCAAGGUACGCUACCACAUCACUCAGAUCGCCGGUAUCGCCGUCUGUAUCGGCGGUAUGGGCGUGCUCAUUGCCUCUGAUCACAUCACCGGCACCAACGGCGGCGACAUCUCCAGCGGCAAUCAACUCAAGGGCGACCUGUUCGCUCUUCUGGGCGCCUCCUUCUACGGCCUGACCAACACCGCCGAAGAGUACUUUGUCAGCAAGCGUCCCGUGUAUGAGGUUCUUGGCCAACUCUCCUUCUACGGCUGCAUCAUCGACGGCGUCCAAUCCGCCAUCUUCGAGCGCAGCAACUACCACACCUCCACCUGGGACGGCAAAGUGGGCGGCUAUCUCGUCGGUUUCACUCUGUGCCUGACACUGUUCUACUGCCUUGCACCCCUGCUCUUCCGUCUGUCCUCGGCCGCCUUCUUCAACGUCUCGAUGCUGACGAUGAACUUCUGGGGCGUUUGCAUCGGUAUCAAGGUCUUCCACUACCAUAUCCACUGGAUGUACCCGAUCGCCUUUGUAUUGAUUAUCGUCGGUCAGCUGAUCUACUACCUCGGUCAGCGAGCUCUCGCAGAAGCACGCAAGCCCUGGCUCGGCGCAAACCAAGAGGGCGGUGUCGCGGGCCUGUUCACUGCCAAGAAGCGCAUCGAGCAUGUCGUGCCUGGUGGUACAGCGCAAAGCGAACACGAGCGUGUUCUUUCGCCCGAGGCUAAUACCAGUGCUGCUUAA